CUAACUCAAGCUGGUCGCGCGCUUAACCAUUUCAGUUCACUAUUGAAGCGCGCCUCUUAGUGAACAGUUCGACAGUUCGUGGCCACAGCUAUAACGGUUUGAGUUUGGGCAAUAAAAAAUUUGUUCAAAUUAGGCGAAAAAAAGAAAUUUUCCAAAAUUUCAACACACUAAGUGAGUGGUUGUAAGCGACAACGAAAUUUUUAAGUGCUGUGUUUAUUGUCUUCUAGCAGAACAACAAAGUGUGCUAAAAGCCAACUUUAGGUUAAACAGAGACAGAGAAGCCGCAAACGCAUUGCAAUCUCGACAGCUGAGCUACUACAUAGUUUGUGUUCGCGUUGUGUGCGUGAGUGACCGUCAAAACUUGGUGUCAUUAAAACAAAUAAACAAACGGCGGUAAAAGUCAACCUAAAUUACUUGUCUGGAAAUUUUGAGCGCGUAUCUUUCAGCUGCUGUUGAAGAAAAAAGUGUGUUUUUCUUAACAAAAUGCAGACUUUGAAUUUAAAUGCCGCGGCGUUGAUCGCUUUAAUUUGCUGUAAUGUUUGUGGAGUGACGUUGGCAAAUGAGUUCGCCUACAAUGGAGCUAUGGGACCCAAUCAUUGGGGUGAAAAGUUUAACACCUGCAGUGGCAAGCACCAAAGUCCCAUAAACAUUGAUUCGGUCAAUGUGAUUAGAAGAACUUAUUCGCCAAUAGUUGCUGAUCAUUUUGGUUCGGAGCCAAUUAGCGCUAAAAUAUUAAAUAACGGUCAUACUGUAAUCGUACAUCUUGAGUACGCCGAAGAACGUCCAACUCUAUCGGGUGGUCCACUAGUUGGUGAAUUUGUGUUUGAACAGUUCCAUUUUCAUUGGGGCGAUAAUGACACAUUCGGCAGUGAGGAUCGCAUCAACAAUGUCUCUUUUCCAGCAGAAUUGCAUAUGGUUUUCAGGAAUACCAUGUAUCCCACAUUCGACGAAGCGGCAAAUCAUAGUAAUGGUGUAGCGGUUUCGGCGUAUUUCUAUAAGAUAACAAGAAAAGAUAAUUCCGCGUAUAAAGAGUUCACGGCACUGUUAGAGCAUGUUGUUAAACCAGAUACAGUGGCCACGUUCCGUGAACCACCAACCCUUUGGGAUUUCGUUAACAUUGAAAUUGAUGAUUAUUAUACUUAUAUAGGAUCGCUGACUACGCCCCCUUGUAGUGAGAAUGUGACUUGGAUUGAUUUUACAGAGCCAGUACAUAUCUCUGCUAAUCAGAUCGAACGUUUCCGUCAUCUCUACACUCACGACAAUUCGCCAAUGACCCACAAUUACCGUCCACUUCAGGCGCUUAAUGAUCGCACCGUCUAUUCUUCGCUUACUUUGAGAAAACCAAGUAAUCGCACCAAACAGCCGGCAAGUGCUAUACCUUUUGUAGAUAAUUUGGUAGGCGGGGCAACGUUGAUGAAGCCUUUUGGAGUCGGUGUCAUAGCUAUAAUGCUUUUGUUGAGUUUGUUUGCAACUGCCUGAACAAAUAGUAAUACGUCUUAACCCAAUUGGCGCCGCUGUUCCUGAUCAGGUACAGCAAAAAUAUUGAGGGUAUUUGUAAAACUUUUCAAAGUAUUGUUGUUUGGUUCCAUUUAUUUUAAUACGGCAUACACGGUGCGCUAAAUUUAGGUGAGAAUAUCAACAAUAUCUGUCACAAAGUGGGUUAUAAUUUAUCAGUGUGAACGCUUAUAAAGGCAAGCAUACAAUUUAAUUAUUUUUUUAUUGAUCUACAUGUAUAAUUGUUAAUUUAUGUAUCUUAUUUUGUUGUUUGUACCUAUACUUGUAAUAUUAUUAAUGAAUAAAUCGCAAUUUAAGUACACCCCCCUACAAGGGGACCUAAAUAUUAUAUUUUUUUGUUUUUCAUACUUAAGUGUUUAUUUUGAUUGUAAACAAUAGUAAAAUAAAUAUUUUGCAAAAAUUACGCUGUUCAUUUUACUUUGGCGGUUAAUGGGUUAAACGGAAUGGAAUAACAUUAUAUAAGUUUUAUUGCCAACUACAUUUGGAUGGCCAGCAUAUAUAAAUUAUUAUUUGCCUAAUUCGAUGCUUGCGAAAUUACUAAAGUUAGAAUUACAAAAGGUCUGAAGAAAAUUAAGCAUCAGACUUCAGAGGUCUCAAAUUGUUAAUUAAGUGCUCGCGAGCAUAUGUAGUUUAUGUAUUUUAGUUAUAAUUAAUUGAAAACAGUAUUCUCACUGCUCACAUAUCAUCUAAUGAUUA